AUGGGAGAUUUUAGAGAGGAGUUUUCUAGGUUGUAUGAUUAUGCUGAGCAAAUAAAGACCACAAAUCCUGAAACUACUGUAUCUAUUAGGACAUCCAAGAACACAAUUUCAGGAAAAGAGGUGUUUAUGAGCAUUUAUAUUUGUCUUGGUUCCUUAAAAAGUGGAUGCAAAGAAGGGUGUAGAAGGAUUAUUGGUUUAGAUGGUGCAUUUCUUAAAGGUUUAUGUAAAGGUAAAUUGUUAACUUGCAUUUUCAAAGAUGAAAAUAAUCAUAUGUACCCUAUAGCAUGGGCAGUAGUUGAUAAAGAAACCAAGGAGACAUGGUCUUGGUUUUUCAAGUGCAUCAGACAUAAUUUGGAGCUUAAAGAAGGUGAAGGACUAACAGUGAUGUCUGAUAUGCAGAAGGGUCUUCAUCUUGCACUUAUUGAUGUAUUGCCAAAUGCUGAAAUCAGAUGGCUUGUUAGGCAUACAUGGGCAAACUGGAAGAAAGACUGGAGGGGUGAAGAAAGGAGAAGAAAAUUAUGGAAGGUUGUUGGGCACCAUUUGAGUUGGAUUGUAGGUGCUAGGUUAAAAUCAAUAAUAACUAUGCUAGAGGAAAUAAGAGUCAAAGUUAUGGAAAGUAUGAAUCAAAUGAGAGAAUUUUCAGAAAAAUGGAUUACUGAUGUAUCACCUAUGGCUAUGGAUAUUCUUAGAAGAAAUGCUGAAAUUGCAGAUAAUUGUGAGAUAAGGUUUAAUGGUGAUAUUGGCUUUGAGAUAAAUGAUUCACCAUAUAAACAUGUUGUUGACCUAAAAAAGAAGAUUUAUUCAACCUAUGACAAACAUGAAGAUGUGGCCAAAAAGUGA